GACAUUCAUAAGCGUCUGUACUCCCCCUCUUACUUAUAUCUCUAACCUUUACUCAGCUCUGUCACUUUGGACGGGACGGCCAGUGGGUGAGACAAUGGACAACUUGACUGAGAAACCAAAGAAGAAAAAAGUUGUAGCAGUGGUGGGUGGUGGAUUGGUCGGUGCACUCAAUGCCUGCUUCUUCGCCAAAAGAGGUUUUGAUGUGCAUGUUUUUGAAACCCGGGAAGAUAUCCGGCGUGCAAAAACUGUCAGAGGGAGAAGCAUCAACCUGGCUUUAUCUCACAGAGGCCGACAGUCACUGAAGCAUGUUGGAAUGGAGGAGAAGAUUGUGUCCCAGGGAAUCCCCAUGCAUGCCAGAAUGAUCCAUUCCUUAAAUGGGAUGCAAUCUCCCAUUCCGUAUGGCAAGAAGGGCCAGUACAUCCUGUCAGUAGACCGGGCCAAUCUGAACAAGGAGCUGCUAACAGAAGCUGAGAGUUAUGCAAACACAAAGUUGAACUUUGAGCACAAACUACAGGACUGGAGCACCGAGACUGGGAUGAUGACCUUCGGCAAGCCAGAUGGUUCCAAGCAGGAGAUAGAAGCAGACCUCAUUGUAGGAUGUGACGGAGCCUUCUCAGCCGUCCGCAAGCAAUUCCUUCGUCAAAGCCGCUUUAACUACAGUCAGACGUACAUCCCUCACGGCUACAUGGAGCUCACCAUGCCGCCCAUCAGCAGGGAGUAUGCCAUGAAGCCCAACUAUCUUCACAUCUGGCCCAGAAACACAUUCAUGAUGAUCGCACUCCCCAACUUGGACAAGACUUUUACCUGCACCCUCUUCAUGCCCUUUGAAGACUUUGAGAAGAUCACCACUGGAGAUGAAGUCAUCGGAUUUUUCCACAAGUACUUCCCAGAUGCCAUUCCGUUAAUCGGAGCUGAUGCUCUCCGAAGGGAUUAUUUCCGCCUGCCUGCCCAGGCCAUGGUCUCCAUCAAGUGCUCCCCGUAUCACAUAGGAGACAAGUGUGUCCUCAUGGGUGACGCGGCGCAUGCCGUGGUUCCGUUCUACGGACAGGGAAUGAACGCUGGUUUCGAAGACUGCAUCGUCUUUGAUGAAGUCAUGGACCAGUUCAAGGAGGAUUUGGGUGCUGUACUGCCGGAAUACACCAGAGUACGAGUUCCCGAUGACCAUGCAAUCGCAGACCUGGCCAUGUACAACUACAUAGAAAUGCGAUCACACGUCAACUCCAAAUGGUUCCUUUUCCGAAAACGUGUUGACAACAUCCUCCACUUUCUUCUGCCAAAGCAAAUAAUCCCACUGUACACAAUGGUCACGUUCACCAGGACACGGUAUCAUGAAGCUGUGGAACGCUGGCACUGGCAAGACAAAGUGAUAAAUCGGGGACUGUUGUUUGGUGCAACGGGAGCCAUUUUGGGAGGCUCUUACCUGCUUGUUAAAAACCCCCCAGACAUCAACAAGCUCUGCAUCGCCAUGGAGAACGUUUGGAACAAGCUCAAACCGUUUGGGACCUCUUAAGUACCCGGCAGGAUUUCUCCGACCCGACUACGGUGAUUAGAACCUGACUUGCAGGAAUUGAACCAUCCACUUGAGACUAAAUGUCAUACCUCAUGUUCUAUUAAAGGCAUUAUUCAGAUGAA